GAAUGGUGUCAUAAAAAUACACAUUGUCAAAUAAAGUUGGAUUUAUUUUAUAAAUUAUAGUAUUUUUCUUUUAAAAUGAGUAAAAUAUGAGCUGUGGUCGAUUGUUUCCAGAUAAAAACAAAAGCAAAAUAAAUAAAAAAAAACUCCCCAAAAGAAAUAAUCCUCUUUAAAACAAUAAAACAAAUAAAAUCCAAUUUGACACAUUUUCAGCUUCAUUUCCAUCAAAUGAAUAUUUUUUCAGACUCAAUGAGACGUUUAAAGACUCCUCUGGUUGGACACUUCUUGCAGCGGGCCCGGUAUUGGUGGAUGUGUGUGUUUCCCUGUGCGUCAUGAUUGGCUGAAAGCGCAGAGGACGCCUUAAUAUUUAAUACUAAUGUUCCCCUGGUUGGCUGAGGACUGGAAAGGUCCAACCAAUGUUUUUUACUUGCUUUAGUGGCUGUGGCUCCCUAAUUAAUUGCAGCUAUCUGUCUCCUAUCGAUGUGUGUGUACAUGUGUGUUGUGUGUGUGUGUUUCCUUUUUUCUCCCCAAACCGAACAUGAAAUAGUUUGUUGGGCUAUACUUUCUUUCUUCCUAUCGUUCCCCCCUUCCUUCCUUCCCGUCCUGGUUCGCAGGCAGAGACAGGACAGAUUGAGACCCAGCUGUGUUCGUCGCUUUCGCUCGUUGCCAUUUCCCCCCUCAUUGCCCGGUGAUGUUGGAUAUGGGAGAGCGCAAAGAGGUGAAAAUGAUUCCUAAAUCGUCGUUCAGUAUAAACAGUUUGGUGCCCGAGGCCGUGCAAAGCGACAACAACAACCACCAGAACCAGCAGCAUCACCACCAGAACCACCACCACCAGAACCACCACCACCGGCCCGGCGGCGCGGACGAAGCCGAGCAGAAGGCUCCUCUCCCGGCGGCGCAGCAGGACGGCAAAGCGGACCCUAAAAGUGAGUCAGCGAACCAGGAGAGCUGCACGGACGAGAAGGAGAAGCAGGAGGAGAAGAAGGACGGGAAGGACGCGGACGGCGGCGCCGGCGGGAAGGACGGAGAGAAGAAAAGCGGCAAGUACGAAAAACCUCCGUUCAGCUACAACGCGCUGAUCAUGAUGGCGAUCCGACAGAGCCCGGAGAAACGGCUCACCCUCAACGGCAUCUACGAGUUCAUCAUGAAGAACUUCCCGUACUACCGGGAGAACAAGCAGGGCUGGCAGAACUCCAUCCGGCACAACCUCAGCUUGAAUAAAUGCUUCGUGAAGGUUCCGCGGCACUACGACGACCCGGGCAAAGGGAACUACUGGAUGCUGGACCCGAGCAGCGACGACGUCUUCAUCGGCGGCACCACCGGGAAGCUCCGGCGGCGGUCCACCACGUCCCGGGCCAAGCUGGCCUUUAAGCGGGGCGCGCGGCUGACCUCCGGCCUGACCUUCAUGGACCGGGCCGGCUCCCUGUACUGGCCCAUGUCCCCCUUCCUCUCCCUGCACCACCCGCGGGCCAGCGGCGCCCUGGGCUACAACGGGACCUCCUCGGGCUACCCGGCUCACCCCAUGUCCUACAGCACCAUGCUCACCCAGAACAUGGGCAACAACCACUCUUCGUUCCCGUCGUCCAACGGGCUCAGCAUGGACCGGCUGGUCGGCGGGGACCUCCCCUACGCGACGCACCACCUGACGGCGGCGGCCCUGGCGGCCUCGGCGGUGCCCUGCGGCCUCUCCGUGCCUUGCUCCGGGGCCACUUACUCCCUGAACCCGUGCUCGGUCAACCUGCUGGCCGGGCAGACCAGUUACUUUUUCCCCCACGUCCCGCACCCGUCCAUGACCACGCAGCCCGGAGGCGGCGGAGGCUCCUUGCAGGCCGCCCGGGCUUCGGCCUCCAAUUCCCCGCAGGCUCCGUCCUCCUCCUCGCUGCCCUGUGACUCUCUGAGGCCGGCUCUGUCCGGCUCUCUGCCGGCCUUCUCUUCGGGACUUUCCGGGGGUUUGUCUGACUAUUUUACGCAUCAGAACCAGGGGUCGACCUCCAACCCGCUUAUACACUAACACCCCCACAACCUCACCCCCAGCCUCACCCUCCACCUUACCUCACCUCUCCAUCCAUCCUUCCAUCCAUCCUCUCCAUCCCCCCCCCCCAACCUGAAGGAGUGAAAAUCUUAAAAUGACUGGAACUGUAAGUUGAACAUUUUACACUGAACAUUUACAUUGUAAAAAAAAAAAAUACAAAGUUAUUAUAAACUACCAACUAUAGAAAAAAGAGGAGAGACUAAAAACUGCAAAACAAAAAAGAGCAGCAGAGAAACUGACAGAAAGCAGCCCUGAAGUUUCCAGGUAUUUUUUAAUAUUAUUAUUAUUAUUAUUAUCUUCUCCUUCUUCUUCUUCUUCUUCUUCUGCUCCAUCUUCUCCUGCAGUUUACUUUCUGUGUACAUAAUGUUUGUUCCUAUAAGUGUCCGGUUCGUCUGUAUAGUGUCAGCGAUGUGCAAUGUGAGCUAAAGACAGAGAGAAUGAGGAGAGCUGUUUCUGUUGCUGUUGGAGGAGGCAUUACUUUUUAUAGAAUGUGUAUUUAAAAUAGUUUUGUCUAAUUUUGAGAUUUUUAAAAAUAAUAAUAAUAAUAAUAAUAAUAAUAAUAAUAAUAUCUCUAACAGCCGGUUUUUACCCGCAUGUUUGCAGUAUUAUCCGGUAUCAUGCGGGUUAGAAAAAGAAGCGGCGGAGAAUUAUUUUAUUUUACAAAAUUUAAACACUAAUUUUUAUUAUUUUUUAUUUUAUUUUCUAUCCAGUGAAAAUGUGUUUUUGUUUUUUGUUUUUUUUUUAAAGCGACUUCCCGCCGUUAAAGUCCUGAGGCUGUUUCCUCCAUCCGUUCAAAAUAAACCUGUUAAUGUAACUUUUUAUAGACCAAAGAAUCGGUUUUUAGGAGAUUUUAGAGUCAGUAUUUGAGCUGACAGAGGCCUGAUGUAGUAGAAUUAAUGAGUGAAUGAAUGAAUGAAUGAGUGAGUGAGUGAGUGGAUGAAGGGGUGAAUGAUGCCUCCUUCACUGCAGAAAAUGUCCAUUUAAACGAGAUUUUUAUCGCAGUUUUUUUGGAACCUUUUUCUUAAAUUAGCGGAAAUUUGAAUGAAGUUUGGUGGCGCCGAUUUCAAAUUAGACUUUUUUUUAAGGUUUGUUGGUGCAGAUUUUAAUUUUUUGCCUUAAUCCGCCUCGUUUUUAGAUUAAAUGUUAAUCUGCGUUGGAAAAGGCGUAAAUUGAACUGACAUAUUCAGAUUUCCAGCUGAUUUUUGGAGCGUAAACGUCUCGUUUGCUGGAUGUUUUCCGCGGUGUCAGCCUGUUUUUCUGCUUCUUUGACUGUAAAACGUGAUACGCCGAUAAAAAACGGACGUUCACGCUUCUUCUUUUUAUUUUAUUUUUUAUUUUUUUGUAUAAUUAGUAAAAGAGAGAGAAAAAAAUGUCUAUUUGUAAUCUGAAUUUGGGGUUUUGCUUCUUUUCCAAAAGGAAGAACAAUGUAAAAACCCGUUUGUUUGACAGAAGAAAAAAAUGCCUCAUUAUCUAAUACUACUUGGAAUGAUUGUCCUUUAAUUGUCGUCUCUAAAACAAUUUUUCAUGGUUGUGAUACUAUUGUGGUCUUAUUCUUAUUCCCGUGUUUGUCGCUUACAGAAGUUAAAAAAAGAGAAAAAAAUGUUUUAAUCAUAAAAAAAACAAAAAUAAAAGAAUAGGUUACAUUCAUAA